AUGCUCGCUCUUCAGUCUGCUCCACUCCACUUGCGUGAUCAAAUCAACUCCAUCUCCUCCUCAGCAUCAACAUCUCGACACCAACAGCACCAGGCACUGUUCUACCGCGAGUGUGAUCUGAAACAGGAUCUCUCUGUCACGAAUGCAAAGAUCAUCAUGCAUCACAACUUAACCAACAACAUCAUCAAUACCUCCAGCUCCAGUCCCAGCUCCGGCUCUAGUAACCACAGCAAGAACAGCAUCCAAUUUGACCCAACAUACAACAACCUACCGAGUGCACCCCUCACACCGAUCCAGAACUGCACCGGUCCUUAUGAGGAAUCAAGCCCUCUCCAGACACCUAUUAAAAAGAUCAAUGAUCGUAUCGACCAAAUGUCAAUCGAAGACUGUUCCAAGGAGAAGAUCGUUCUGAUUCUGACAGCGAUGACAUUAUAUUAUGAUGUGUAUUCAUUGGUGGGAUAG